CUUUGCUUCUACUUUUUUUUUUUUUUCUUUUUUGGUUCGUUAAGGAACUUCCAACUGAAGUACUUGAAAGCAGGUUUAAGAAUAAAAGGACAAUGUUCCUUUACAAUUAUUUACAAACCCCAUUCUUAAGCCAUCAAUCAAACAUUCCCUCUCUCUUUGAUCUUUAAGAAUCAAGAUCCUUUCUUUUUCUUUCACUAAAUCGACGUUAACCCAAUCUUCCCAACACAAUCAGGCCAUUGAAUUCUCUGUAGGUGUUUGAAUUGAAUAUCUCAUAUAUGGCUUACAUCCCUCCACACAAGCGACAUUCGAAGGAUGCGGAGAGUCCAACACCAACUCCAGAGUCCCUGAUUCCCAAAUUUGAAAGAAAUGUACAGUUAAGAGCUUCAAACACCAAAGCUGAUAGGAGCGGAAGAAUCAUAUAUUCAAACUAUGCCAUCUCUAGAUGGUUUGCUGUUGGUUUGGAUGAUGGAAACGGGGACACAUCUUCCGUUCAUCUUAAGCCAGUUUCAGUUGAAUCUGUUGAGAGGAAAACAGGUGAGAAACCUGCAAUCUUGGUGAAAAGUAAUUUAAAUAAAGAGAAUAAUGAAGUAAAAGGGAGCCCGUGGUCUUCUAUUGCAGAAAAUAUUCUGCCAGACCUAUUAUCUUCCUUUGAAAAAGUGAGGGCUGAAACUGAGUGCAAAGAUUUGAAAGAUGUAAAGCCAGUAAUGGUUGCUCGGUUUGGCAAAAUACUUUUUCAAGGGAGCCCUUCCAUGAACCUGGGAAGUGUUAGUAAAAGUUGUGUUACAGAGACAAUACUGAGUAAAUUGAGAAGAACCUUUUACACGAGUCUUCCUGCUGCAUACACGGGAAACAUUAUGGCUGAAGUUGUCUCGAAGAUUGGAGUUGAUUUUGCAGAGGUGAAAGAUGUAUUCCAAGUGAAGUUGUCUGAUAGCACGCAACCAGAUUCAACCAUUUCAUGUAAAUGUAGCGUAAAAGAUGAUAAAAAACUUCGGCUAUACAAGGCAAAACUAAGCCCAGUGCGUGACAUGUUUAUAGACAUAUCAUGCCUGGAUAUGGGUCUCGAUUUGAGGCUGGCACUGUCCCACAAGAGAAUCUUAACUUCUAUGACUGAAGAUGAGAUGCAAAGCAUUAAAAAUCUGAUUGAUUCAGCGGUCCUAGACCCAGAUGUGAAAGGUGGGUUGAGAUGGCCCUUUGGAAAAGCAACGAGUGGGGAUAGAUACAGUGUCGUUGGCAUUUGGCACACAAUGUCUACUGCUUAUAAAAACUCAUCCAUAAGACUCAAGGUUCGAUAUGCUGACCGAUUUGAUUUCAUAUCAACAUAUGGGGAAGAUUCCAAGGAUGUUGUCUUGAAGUUGAAAGGCAUUGUUUCAGGACUGCUGGAGCAGGAUGUUGCAACACAUGCAAUCUCCGACAUGCUGAAAGACAACUUAAGUUUGAUAUGGCGACACUUCUUGCGCUGCGAGCCUUUUCUAACAUAAAAACAAAGCCCCCUUUCAUUCCACAUCAUGAUGAUGAUGAUCUUCCUGUCUUCACUUCAAUGCUCACUUUAUCUUAGUUGUGUGUGUUUUGGGAUUUUGGUGAAAAACGGUAGUUCUAGUUGAUCUUGGCCAAGCAUCAAGUAAUGUGAUAUGCCACAAUGUGAAAUCUAUGUAUGUAUGUAUGUAUAUAUGUAUGUGUGGGUGGGUGGGGGUGCAUGCAGGCAAUUAUAAAGCUUUAAGGAAAAUGGCAAUUCUCUGGUUUUGUUUUCUUA